AUGGAAGCCUUGUUAAAAAGAAGGAAGGCAAUUAGAACAACAUUUAGUAGAUCAGUAUCAAAGUUCAAUGAAGUUUGUCAAGAAGAAUUAGAUGAAGCUAAUGCUCUUUAUGACGUAUUAGAACAAAGAUACGAUGAUUUGGAAGAAAUAGAUAAAGAAGUAUUGAAUCUAAUGCUUGUAGAACGACCUGAUGAAGAAAUUGAAGCUGAACUAGCAAAACAGGAUGAAUACAAGAAGGCUUUUGGAUUAAUUAAAUACAAGUUGCGAGUAAGUAACAGACUAGAGGAUGAGGCUCGUUCUCUCAGCAAUUCUGUAAGUAACAACAGUAUUUUAGUACCUAAGCAGAACACAGUAAGACUUCCAAAAGUUGAAUUGAUCAAAUUUGGUGGAGAUCCGAAGGACUGGCUACAUUUCUGGAGUCUUUUUCAAACAAUAGAUAGGGAACCGACCCUAAAUGCUGCAGAAAAGUUCCAAUACUUGUUACAAAGUAUGAUUCCUAGGUCUAGAGCAUAUGAAGUACUAAAGAGUUUUCCACCAACAGCAGAUAAUUAUCCUAAGGCUCUAGAGGACCUUAAAGGUAGAUUUGGGCGGGACGGACUUCUAGUACAAGUAUAUGUUAGGGAGCUGCUAGCUUUGGUACUGAAAAACACAGAACAUAGUUUGUCUCUGAUGCAGUUUUACGACAAAUUAGAAUGUCAACUACAAACCUUGGAAAGCUUAGAGGUAACAACAGAUAAAUGUGCUUGUGUUUUGUUGCCUUUAGUAGAGUCCUGCUUACCAGAUGAUCUUCUUAGAGCUUGGCAGAGAUGCAGUUUGUCUUCAGAUGGAGAAAAUAAAGAAUCAUCAGAAACAGAAGAGCAGACAUUGCGGCAGUUCAUCAAAUCAGAAGUUGAAGGUGAAGAAAGAAUUGUUUUGGCUAAGACUGGUUACGGUACGAGUAAGAGGGUAAGCCCUAGAAGUAAUAUUGAUAAAACAUCAAACAAUAUGCCUUCAGCAUCUUGCUUGACUAACAAGUCAAAAGAGUUAAAUUGUAUAUUCUGUUCAGAAGCUCACAAAAGUGCAGAUUGCCUGCAGGCCAAGAAAAUGGAUUUUAGUAAAAAGAGACAAAUUGUUUUGGAUAAAAAAGCUUGUUUUACAUGUCUAUUUCAGGGACAUACAUCUAAAUUCUGUAGAAGGCCUUUAAAAUGUAGUAUUUGUUACCGCAAACACCCUACUUUGAUGUGCAAUAAGGAUCAAGGAUUGCAAGAGCAAUCAAAAAAGUGCACCGGUAAUGAGGUCAAAGAUCUAUCUAACUUAGGACAACAAACAAAAUCACAGAUUUAUCUACAGACAUUGAGGGUCAAUCUGAUCCAUGAAGGUUUGAUUCGUCCUGUUAGAGCCUUAAUUGAUACAGGUUCGAUGAGAUCUUAUAUUCUUGAGUCCACAGCAUCCGAAAUUGGUAUGUAUCCCGAGGGACAAGAGAGUUUAACCCAUUCACUUUUUGGAGGUGUUAAGACGGAUGUUGUUUCACAUAACACGUUUAAAAUCAUUCUUGCCAAUAGGAAUAAUGACUAUAAGUGUAGGUUCAAGGUUUUGGAUCAACCUCUUAUAAGUGAAAACAUCCCUAGUAUUAGGAGAGGUCCAGAACUUAAGGAAAUAGAAGCUGCUAACAUUGUUCUUUCGGAUGUAGCUGAAUCAGAUGCAAAAAUUGAAGUAUUAAUUGGUGCAGAUGUUGCUGGUAAGUUGUUCACAGGUAACAAAGUUCAGCUGAAUAGUGGACUUGUAGCAAUGGAAACCUUUCUAGGCUGGACAUUAAUGGGUCGCUUAUCUAGUGUUGUGGAAACUGAUAACAGUAAGACAGAAUGCAAUACAUCAUGUGUUAGUAUGUUUUCUUUUAGUGAUCCUUCUGAGGAUAUUUCGAUGUUCAGGAAAUUAGAGACCCUUGGUAUUACUGAUCCCGUUGAACAAGAGUCAAAAGAAGAGCUGCACGAGAUGACACCAGAACAUUUUAAGAAUACGGUGAAGAGUGAUAACAAAGAAGUUCGUCAUGAAGUGUGUUUGGUUGAGGAUUGUAACAUACAUCCUAAUAACUUGGAACUUUCAAAGAAACGGCUUCAAUCAACGAUUGACAAAACUAAAAAUGGUGGUUACUUCAGUAAGUAUCAACAAGUGUUUAGAAGUUGGCAGACUGAAGGAAUCAUUGAAUCAGUUCCCAGUGACGAGGUAGAUCACAUCAAGCACUUCAUACCACAUAGAGCAGUUAUCGAGGACAGUGCGACUUCACCAGUGAGACCCGUAUUUGGUGCUUCAGCACCUGUUAAAGGGUGGGAGUCCAACAAUCAACAUGCUCCGAAGAGAGUUUUGAAGAAAACUAGUUUGAACAGCGAAGAAAUGUCAACUACAUUAUGCGAAUGUGAAAGUGUUAUCAAUGCCCGACCGCUCACUUACAUGUCAGAUGAUCUGAAUGAAUUGAGUCUCAUUACUCCAUCAAUUUUUUUGAAAGAUAUAAGCGAUGUGAGACAACCCGACUUAGACGCUAUUGAGGAGAUCAAUUUACCGAAGAAAGCUGUAUACAGAAAGAAAAUAAGAGAAGGACUGAAGUCAAGAUUCAGAAUCGAGUAUCUUGGUCAAUUAUCACACCAUAAUAAUGUCAAAAGUUACCGAGAACCUGAAGUGGGGGAAAUAGUACUCAUAGGUAAUGACUUUGACAAGCGGAUAAACUGGGUGAUUGCCAGAAUCAUAGAAGUAAUGAAAGGAAGAGAUGGAAUUGUGCGCACAGUAAGAUUGAAGACACCAACCAAUGAAUUGAUUCACCCAGUACAACGUUUAUACCCAUUGGAAAUAAACUCUAACGAAGAGAGAAAAGUAGUUACAAGAAGAAGUACACGAUCCAAAGUACAAGUUAAUCAACCAUAA